CGGAUAUGAAGUUUAAAUAUGAAAAUAAAUAUCUUUACGUUUCCAAUUGCCAAUAUAACGUCUAUCUGAAAGCAUUCUAAAACUCGCAUCUAUUAAAAUGUAUGACUACGUCAGAUCUUUAGCGGUAUCGCCGCAAACUAUCAGCUAGGUGCACACGGUGAACGCUGAGGUUCAAAUCGUGCGCACUUCCCUAUCACGUCUGGCACCGCAUCACGGUGAAGCCUUUCUAGUGCUACAAUUAAUUAGCUUGACUAGCGGUUGUGCAGGGAAGCUAUUGGCUUUUAAUACAAACAUAUAUGUAGAGAAGGUUGAGUUAACAACUUUGCAAAAAAUGUCUGGAAGCGCGGGAGAGUGGUGUUUGAUGGAGAGUGACCCCGGAGUGUUUACAGAGCUCAUCAAAGGUUUUGGCUGCAAAGGUGCUCAGGUUGAAGAGAUAUGGAGUAUGGAGCCGGAGAAUUUCGAGAACUUGAAACCAGUUCACGGGUUGAUUUUUCUGUUCAAGUGGCAGCCUGGUGAAGAGCCAGCAGGCUCCAUUGUCCAGGAUUCAAGACUUGACCACAUCUUCUUUGCUAAACAGGUCAUUAACAAUGCCUGUGCCACCCAGGCGAUAGUCAGUGUUCUGCUCAACUGCUCACAUUCAGACAUGUUGCUUGGUGACACACUGACAGAGUUCAGAGAGUUUUCACAGAGUUUUGAUGCAGCGAUGAAAGGUUUGGCUCUCAGCAACUCUGAAGUGAUCCGACAAGUUCACAACGGUUUUGCCAGACAGCAAAUGUUUGAAUUUGAUGCAAAGUCCUCAGCGAAGGAUGAGGAUGCCUUUCACUUUGUGAGCUACGUUCCAGUAAAUGGCCGACUGUAUGAGCUCGAUGGACUUCGGGAGGGACCAAUCGACUUGGGUGUGUGCAAUCAAGAAGACUGGAUCAGCGCUGUUCGGCCCGUAAUUGAGAAGAGAAUACAGAAGUAUAGUGAAGGUGAAAUCCGAUUCAAUCUGAUGGCCAUCGUGUCAGACAGGAAGAUGAUAUACGAGAGGAAAAUUGCAGAGCUCCAGACCCAGCUAACUGAGGAUGAGCCAAUGGACACAGAUCAGAGCAGCACGUUUCUCAGCUCCAUUCAGUCAGAGAUUGCCAAGUACCAGCUCCUCAUUGAAGAGGAGAAUCAAAAACUCAAAAGAUAUAAGAUUGAAAAUAUCAGACGAAAGCACAACUACCUUCCGUUCAUCAUGGAGCUACUGAAGACACUGGCAGAGUACCAGCAGUUAAUACCACUGGUGGAGAAGGCAAAAGAGAAACAAAGCGCCAAAAAAGCCCAGGAGGCCAAGUGAGCAGCAAACAUUUCACCAGACCAGCCUCUGACACACACACAUGCACCAGAACCCCCCAGUCACUCUUUCAUCAGUGAGCUGUGUACAGAUCCUGUAUAUCAUCUGCCACAUUCAUAUGAAGUGUCGAGAGUGACCAGCAGCGCCUCACAGCUGACCAUCCAGAGUGCUGCGCUGCAGCCGGAGCAGAGACUACAACACGGCCUUCAUGUGUGUUCAUCAGUUUUAAUGCAUGAAUGAAGGAGAUAUGUGCUCAAAUUAUGUUCUGUCUUAUUUUCAUAAUAAAAUGUUGAGAUGUUUGUGAA